AUGAACCCGGAGCAGCAGCAGCAGCUUCAAUCAGAGCGUCCCCAACAGGACUCUGCUGCCGCCAUUCCCGGCUUGGCAGAAGACGCUUCUUCCAACACAGACGACAUGCCGCCUCCACCACCGCCGCCGCCGCAGCCUCCGCCUGCUUUUGACCCUCGCUCUUCGCUUCCCUCUUCUCCUACGGCCAGCUCCGAGCGCUCUUCAUCUCAACGAGAUCAAGUCCAGACUCAUCAACGUCCUCCUCCUCCUCCUCCUUCUUCCAUACCCACGAUCACUACCACUUCACACACAAGUCCGACAGCUCCGCACACAGCAUCUCCAUCAAUACCGCACACUCAGCAUCUCGCCAAAGCACUCAUCGCCUUCCCUACAUCGCCCUCUUCGUCAUCAAGACCUUUGCUGCAAAGCGCGACCAGCUCGGCCGCCUCCUCCCGCCGGCAAAGCCGCUCCUCGUCUCCAGCACCGGCACCACCACUUCGUACCCUCUCUCACGGCCCCAACUCAACGGCCAACGUCAAUGCUACCAGCGCUGCUAUCUCUACUUUGACCCCGUCCGAGCGACGUCAGAUCACCGACGGACUUCGUGCACACAAGCGUUCCAGCUCGCUAGCCACGCUCAAGUCGUUCACCUCCGUGUCCAACCCGGUGCUCCCCGUCCCAGCAGCGCUGCAGCCACACCCGGUACCCAAGAAUCCCACUUCUGCCAACACAGCCUCGAAUGAGAUGCCCGCACCCACCGCACCUCCGUUUCGUCGCGCUCAGACCUACAGGUUCUCCAGAACCCAGUCGGCCGCCCCACCGCAUGUACGCUCUGCUGCUGAUCCUUCCUCUGCGCCCGACAUCAACGUUUCGUUACGCCACUCUCCCGAUGCAGUCCAUUACGCUUCCCCCGAGGAGCUAGAAAAGGAGCAGCAACGGCUCAAAGCAGCCGCUGCAGCCAAGUUAGCCGAGCAAGAAGCAUGGGAAAAGACUCGCGGUGCCGGAAGUGCGGUUCUCGAUCUGCUCAAGCUUCCCGCUCUCAGCGACGACGAUGACGCAGAGGCGAACACGCAAGAGCGACAGAGCAGAGCAACAACACCAGGCUCAGCUUCAGGCUCAGGAACAAGCGCUAGCAGCGGUUCAGGCAACGGCAAUGGCAACGGUCACACCAGCGGCGGUGCCAGCGGCUCCAGCUCCUCGCACACCGACGCCCUUAGCCGUUCAUCUAACACCAAGCGUAGAAGCAACAAGCUUUCGCGCACGUGGGAAGCUGCCAGCGUGCUGCCUUCGCUCGACGACGUUCAAACUCGACGACACGACAUUGUCACCGUCUCCUCCGCCGACAAACUGCUCAGCAGGGGCAUCUCGGAAUAUACCCUUCUCCCCAAGAUCCUCGGUCGCGGCAAGUUUUCCAGCGUCUUUCUCGCCUCCAAACCCCAUGGUCCCACUGGCGAUGCCCAGCUAUUUGCGAUCAAACAUACCCCUCUCUUCCCGCACCACCCUCUGAUUGCAACCCGCUUGCUCCGUGAACCCACCCUUUUGGCAGAGUUGCCGCCGCAUCCCAACCUCGUCAAUGUCUACGAGACCAUUCGCACACCAGGUCACUUCUACCUCGUCGAAGAGUAUCUGGACGGCUAUGUCACCCUCGAGGCGCUCCUCGUCAUGCGUUCCGAGCAGUCGCCGCCGCACCACCCCAUCCUCCCCACCGGUGUCGCCAACUGCGUCCUCGAUCAGCUUCUGUCUGCUGUGCAUGCCAUCCACCAUCCAUUGCAGAUCUGCCAUCGUGACAUUAAGCCUGAAAACAUCCUUGUCCAUCCUGACACUCUCCAGCUAAAGCUGCUCGACUUCGGUCUGGCGACGCACUUCAGUCGAAGCGAAGCCAAACUCUCGACGUGUUGUGGAAGCCCCGCUUUCCACUGUCCAGAAAUUGUCACAGCUUUGCGCAACCCGCUCGGUACAGUUCACUACUGGGGUCCCGAGGUCGAUGCGUGGACUUGCGGCAUCACAAUGCUUCGUCUGCUCACCGGCAUUCGCUAUCCCAUCGGUGCCUCGCACACCAGUGUGCGGUCCAUGAGCAUCCGAGCCCAACGCGCCGUCGCCACCAUCCACGAUCCAGAGCUCCGCGAUCGUGUCGGCAAGCUGCUCGAAGUCAACGGCGAGCGCAGGAUGCGCAACUUUGAGGACUUGGUCCAGGCGCUUGAGUCAUCUGCCGAAGAGCCACCACAGCGUGGCGUCAAGGACUUCAAGAGCACCACUUUUAUUCCUGUCGAGCCUCAACACAAGAUGAACCUGCCUCUGGUUAUAGGUCCCGCCGCCGAAGCCGCGCUUACCUCGCCGCUGCUGCCCAGUGGAGCCACGCCUACUGCGUCCAAGCGCACCACGCCUCAGAACUCGACACCCACUUCGCCGACGUUUGCUGCUGGCGAUGUUCCCGACGCACACUUGUCGCCCGCACCGACGCUCUUGCUCAGUAACCCCACACAUCAGCCGGCCCAGAGAGUGCUUUCCUACGUCAAGUAUUGCUUACGCUGCGCAGGCAUCUUGUAUCACUGUUGGCCCGAUACGAGCUCCAGCUCAAGCUUGCCGACAACGCCGGGACCCUUUGAGGCUGCGUUUCGAGAUUUCAAUAAUGCCGUCUCCAAUGUCAGCUCUCGUGCCAGCGGUAACAUCAGUGCCAGCGAUGCCACUCCUGUCUCGGCACAAACCGAUGGUCCUUGCCCCGCCUCGCUUUCGCCUAGCACACCUUUCCCCAUCCAGGCGGCACGUUCGGAGCGCGAUCCAUACUCUCACAUCCACGUCUUCGAGUGUGUGCUCGAGAUCGUCGAUCCACCUGAGGGUGCUGAGGAAGAGGAGCCUCAGAGUCUCGUGCAGUCCAUCUUCAGUGCCCUCAGCUUCGGCCGUCGUCCCGCUAAUCGACGCAGCCUCUCGACACCGCCCAAGCCGGAUCGUUUGCAGCCCGCUGGCAUGCCCCGACCUCCUGGAACACCGGCAGAUGCGCCCGUCUCGGGAUCCGGCAGUGCCUCUGGCAAGGCAGGCGACGUCAAGUGUCUCACUUUCUCGCUGGUACUCCGCUUCCCACGCAGGCCAGCGGGACAGGUCAACUUCGUCGCUUCGAGGCCAUCCUAUAGUCGAUCCUCGAGUAUAGCAAGCCGCUCGCAUCGACCUCGUUCCCGCGCCUCUUCCGCUGUAGGUUCGGACCGAGAUGGUGGCGGCCUCAUCCGAGAUGCAAGUACCGACAGCCUGGCCCGUCUCUCCAAGUUGCACAGCAACAACGCCGAGUUCGUCACAGGCAUCCACCACCUUCGCAAAGCAAUGAUCGAUUCGAACCACACCACACCUCGCGCCAGCCGCACUUCGAGUCCAGCGGUGUCCUAUGGUAAUCUCAAAAGGCGCGACGGAAGUCUCGCAUCGCAUCGCGAUCACCGCGAUCACGACCAUCACCGACGAGACGCAAAUGAGCCCGAACGCUCCAACCUUGGCCUCACUAUCGAGACGUCGCCCGAGCUCCUGCGCCUCGCAGAAAAGCAUACGUCCGCCCGCAAGAGCCCCUCGCCGCGAUCAGCACCCAAUUCGCGCUCCACUAGCCGCGCGCGUUCCCGCAAGUCGAGCCGUGCGCGCGCUGCCAGCACCUCGUACAAGAACAUCGCCUCCAACAAGGUGUUUGUUCACGUCACCGACGAUCGUGCGCUGGAUGCCGUCCGCAAGGCCCUCAGCAUUGGCGGCACUACAACCGAAUACAAUCCGGAUGUCGAGACGGAUCCUGAGGAUGCCGGUGCUCCCUGGGUCAGCCCCGAUCUUCGUGCGCGCGACAUGGUGCUAGGUGAGGAUUCGGACCUCGGCAUUCAUGGCGCUCUUGAGACCAAGAAUCAUCGUGUAGCAACAGGUCGACGCAGAGCUCAUUCGCACCGUAACCUUUCAGGUCUCGCUGUUGCUGUGACAGAAGACCAAGCCAAUCCUGCGUCUGCGACAGGUGCGACAGGAGGCGAGCCGACUCGACCGACGUGGGCCGACAUCCCUAGUGGCACGAUGAAGCCGCGAAGCACCAUCUCGCAUGGAAGUGACGAUCAGGAACAGUACACUCGCGGUCGAUCGCUCGGACCGGCCAGCAGCAUGAACACCGCACCGUCUUCGGCCAUCCCCUUCUCCGCUCCUCCUCCCCGUCUGCGCGCUUCGUCCAAUCUUGCCUUUGCCGUCGUCCACGAAGAGUCGUCACCGUCUAACACCGAGCGGUCGGCGUCGCAAUCUAGGACCAUGCUCGACUUGCGAGACAAUCCUGAACCGGUGCAGCGCACUCGCAACGAAACAGAUGGUGUCGGUGCGACAAGCUCGAAGGAUUUGGACUUGACCAAGGCCGUCGCCAGCCUUACCGCCUUGGCAACUGCGCUGCUCAAGGAGGAUCCCUUGCCCGAGCACAGCGAGAUUUUCGAUACUGUGUCUGGCAUCGCAACGUAUCUGCUUCGACUUCAGACCGAGAAUGCCGCCCGCUUUGCACAAGAGCUCGACGCCAUUUCGUUCGACUUAUUCAAGGCGGUUUCCCCCGUCACGGGACUUGUCGAACGCUCAUCUGGCAUACCUGUCAAGGCGGCUUCUCAGGCCAAGCAGGUGCUCGAUCUGCUUGGUGAAAGUGCAUCCUCGCGCGAAGUUUACAUGGCCGUCGACAUGCGGUGCGGCGAGAUGCUUGAAGCAGAACCGCGCUGCAUCGAGCUUUUGAACGACGAUCUACUCUGGAGCACUGCCGCCGAGGCCAUCUAUCUCAUGCGGCUGUUGAACACGGUGGUGCCUCGCAUCCGCACCAAGAAGCCUCAGGGCUUUUCGCAGGUGUUUGUGCGGCUGCCGCAGUGUCUGAUGCUCGGCCUUGCUGCGGUAGCCGACUACAGCACAGAAGCCGGCGAGCGCCUAGCCGAAGAAGCGGUCAGAACCUGCUGCUCGGCCGCGCUCAUCUUGGUUGACUGGGAAGCGCGUAGCGCAGGUAGCACAGAGCGAGAGCCUGUCCGCAAGACGUCGCGCGAAGCGCUCAGCAGAUUCUUCCAAGGUGUCACUGUUUGCUUGCCCCAUCUGGCUGGUGCUAAGACGGCGUUGUCGGAAGAGUUCUUCUUCACACAAAACCCACGAUACGCGCUCUCAGCCAAGGAUCGGCAGCUGAGCGCUGUCAAGCGCAACGAAUCGCUCUUUGCCGAGAUUUCUAAAACGCUUGCAUCGCUCGAGGUGGACUUGGGUUCAAUUUGGUCAAAUGCCUUGGUGGUCAUGUCGCGUGAUCCGGAUGACGACGAUACGAGAGAGACACUCACCGCGCUCGGUGUUGCGGGAUUCGUGCUGCACGUCCAUCUGCUGUAUUCCGGCUAUGCUAGAGAUCGUCCCGUCGAGUGGAAGGGUGUGCGUGCGCAGACGCAGCUAGAAGCAGCUCUUCCUGUAGCUCUACUCGCCGUCAGCCAGCAGACGAAAGCCGCAGCAUCCCUGGAGCUUCAAGAAGGGAAAGAAGAUGCAUUGGCCGAUGCGAGCUUGCUUUGGAUGCAGUGGUGUCUGCGUGGCUUACAGCAGGAUCCGUCGUCGUCGGCAGCAGGGCAUCGCGUUCUCCCAGCUGGAUUGGCCGUGAGCUUAGCACAGACGCUGGCUACGCAAAGCGUCGUCUCACCUAGUCCAACCGCGCGGUUGGCGCGAUUCAAGAUGUUAACCGAAUUGCUGGUUCGAUGGUGCGAGAAGGCGGUUUCGUUGCAGGUGGUCGAGCAGCUGAUCUCAAGCUCACCUUUUGCGCAGUUGCGCGCGGGUGGCGUGACCAUCAUGCGCGACGCUUUGGGGGCCUGGUUCGGGGCAUCAGCCGAGGGGGAGGAUGUACCUGUUGAAGUGGUAGCAAAGGCGCUCGUCCACGUGGUUGUACUGCCAAGCAGCUUGCAGUCGUCGGACGCAGACAGUACGCUGGCAGACACGGUCGCAGAGGAAAGCGCCGUGCUCACUGAACUGCUCUCGCUCCUCUUUUGGCUCGAGACGCAGCGUCGCAUCUCGAAACAAGUCGCUUCCGUCUACGAGCAGGUCAAGGAUGGCAAGGACAGGUUUGUUUCAGCGUUGGAUGAGGUGUUGGGCCGAGUGGAUGGGUCGAAGGCGCAAGUGGCGUUAGUUCAGAUGGCGUUGGCCAGGUUGCGGGGCGCGGAAGAGCAGCCCGAGUGA